AUGAGUAAUAUGAUUGUGGAAAAUGAGUGCAAAGAUGCACGGGACUUAUCUGAAUCACAACGUGUAGGACAGAAUUCAUCUCACAGUAACAAAAAUACAAUACCCCAAGAAGUUGUUGAUGACAUUGAGGUCCUACAAGUGGCGUCUCUUCAAUUGUCUUUUGAAGCUAUUGCAGCAUUAGAGAGUGUUCCAUCUACAACAAAGAAGGAUGAAAAUGUUAAAACAACAGAUGCAGUUCCCUACUCUCCUCCCACGCCCGCAACUGCCCAUAAUCUCAUGACUAUUUGUCAGCAAGCACAAUUAAUGAAAGACAUUAAAAAGUGUAAAAGACCACGUCCUACCGAAGAUUGCCAAACUCUUCAGAGUGCCAAGCACGCCCGCACUGAUGUAGGUCCUCACACAUCAUUGAACACAGUCGCUCUUGACCAGCUUUCUGGUGUUGGCCCCAUGUCCUUUCUCUCCUCCCACCCACGUACACCUAUCAGCAUUCUACACUAA